ACUAGUUCUGGGAGGCUGCGGGGCCGCAUUCGUCAUUGCUUUCCGCUCGGCUGCCAUGUGUCACUCUCGCAGUUCCCUCCCCACCAUGACCAUCUUGCGGGCCCCGACCCCAGUACCCUCCAAGAGCCCAGGACCCCGGCGGGGCUCCGGUCCUGAGAUCUUCACGUUUGACCCUCUCCCGGAGCCGGCAGUGGCCCCUGCCGCGCGCACCAGCGCCUCCCGCGGACACCGAAAGCGGAGCCGUAGGGUCCUCUACCCACGACUGGUCCGGCGCCAGCUGCCCGUCGAGGACCCGAAUCCUGCCAAAAGGCUCCUUUUUCUCCUGCUCACCAUCGUCUUCUGCCAGAUCCUGAUGGCUGAAGAAGGUGUGCCGGCGCCCUUGGCCCCAGAGGACGCCCCCAGCGCUGCGUCCCCCGCGCCCACCCCUGCGCCCCCCGCCCUCGAGCCACUUAAUCUGACCGCAGAGCCCUCGGACUACUCUCUGGACCUCAACACUUUUCUCCAGCAACAACCAGCCGCCUUCUAACCGUGACUUUCCGCACUCCCCAACAAGAAUCUGAAAAAGCAAGGAAACACCAGGCGUAUCUGGUGUUCGAGAGAGUAUCCCAAACUGGGACUCACGAGGCAACUCGCACUCAACACUGCAGGGGAGCCGCCACGCACACGCCAGGCAAGGCCCGGCGGGGAAGAAGGGCGGCGUUAACUUAAGUCUCAUUGCUCCUAAUUAAUAUUUAUGUGUAUUUAUGUCUGUCCCCUAGGUGACAGGGGAAUGGGUUAAUAUUUAUUUAACUUAUACGAGGGUGCGAGACGUGCCCGUUGCUGCACAUGCAGGUCUCUAUAUUGAGCUUGGUGGGACUGACGCUCGGCGCCCUGGCGGUGGGUGGUGGGUUUAGGGGUGACACUCUCCGUCCUCCAGCAUCUGAACCCCCUGGGACUCCUCCGUGAGGCUUCGGCGGACCGUUGGUUAUAAGGUCCUUGGCUUUCGGUCUCCUCGAAGUUGUCCCCAAGGAGUGGCUACGUGGUGAGGGGUCGGGGCUGUUAGAGGGCGGCUGUGGGGUCGCCCGUAUGUUCUGUGAACACAAAUAAACUCGAUUUACUGUC